GCACAUGUAUGAUUAAAACUAAGUGUCUGGUGCGGUGCUGAGCUGAAGUACUGUAGUGUAGAGGGACUGCACUGCUGUGGGGCUGCACACCUCCAAUCAAUUGUGACGUGAAGUGGAAUUAUGCCCACUUUUAUUUCAGUUUUAAGACUCGUUCAUUUCGGCCUUUCUUCACUUCACCACCCGGUGUUUUUCUAGCAGCAGGAUGAUCAGUUCUUGAGUCAAACACUUGAAGACCUAAACAGCUGCUCUGCUGCAGAGAACACACAUACCCAGCGCAGAACUCAUGUACAUCCCACCUCAGCUCAGACCAAAGGGGAGAAAUAAGAUGCCUGAAGCCCCUCCAUCUUUUAUAUUGACUGUGAUGAGCCAGGGGGCGGGGCUUGAAGCCGCGAUUAGCUCCCGAAGGGCGCUGUCACCCACGGGUCCAAUCCGUGCUGAGCCGCACGGCCUUAGGCGGAGUUUAAGGAGACCCGCGGUUAGUUUGGGUUUAUGUUGGUUGGACCUGUUUAAAGAGGAGGAGGGGGCGGGGAAGAAGAAGAGGGAGGUGGCGGAGGACGACGGAGAAGAAGAGAAGGUGUAGGAGUGUAGGAGGAGGCGACGGUUGUCUUUUUUUUUUCUUUCGAUUUUCUUGGGAGCCUUGCGGUCCAUGCGGGUGUAACCGUCCUGCUGGCUCCAUCACAAGACAUCUAAUCCAACCGGGACGAUCCGGUUAUCGUUGAACUUUGAUCAGGGAAGGAGGGAGAGAGAGAGAGAGAGAGAGGGGGAGAGAGAGGGAGGGAGAGAGAGAGAGAGAAGCAGAGGGCUGGAUGCUUUGGAGGAGAAAAUUGAUUAAUUCUGUCUUCAUUCUCUGUGCAUCACUGAUGCCUAACUUAACAUCCCCGCGCUGCUGCUGCUGCUGCUGCUGCUGCUGGAGUGUUUCUACUACUGCAGGUAAUCGGCCAUAAAAACCGGAUUAUUAUUGUAUAAAAGAACAGUAUUAUUAUCAGCAGCUGCUCGGAGCAGUUUCAAAGGGAGAGCCAACAUGUCACUGAGUCAACAGCUGGACUGCGAAACAACACACGACGGAUUUCUAGCAGCGGCCGCUCUCUGGUCAUAGUCGACGCAUGGGUUCUGCUUCUUCGUCCCUCCAUCCGUCCAUCCGUCCAUACAGUGGAAUUCAAAAGGAACCAAUCGGGAAAAGCCGGGCAUAAAUCCAGUGAGAGGCUGAAGGAGGGUGAGAGCCGAACACAGCUGUGAUGGAGUCCCACGGCGCAGACCUGUGCUGUUAAUGGUUAACUGACUAAUGAGGAGGCUGCUUUGGAGGAGCAGAAGUUGAAGGAGGGGAGGAAGAAGGGGAUUGAGGGAGGAAGGAGCUGCUGGAAUUGUGGAUAAAUAAAUAACAGCUGGCCCUGCGUAACCCUGGCACCGGCUGACGGCGGCAGAGACAGAAUGUGGUGCGGUCGUUCCCCUCGGUUCUGACUCACCGAGGGCAGCGGGGAAGUCAACCCACAGUCGCCGAGGCUGCACCGUGUGCGUGAGUCUGCUGCUGGGUUUUGGCGGAGGAAAAGCGGUUUUUGAUGCGUAAGAAAGUGACGUGCCGCCCCCCCACCCUCACGCCCUUUGCCACCAGCCUCUCGUCAAGUCAACGGACAAGGCAGAAUCCAAUUAUUUCAUCUUAGGCUGCUCCCCAAACCCUCCAUCUUUGACGCCCCCCCCCCCACCCCCCUAAAAUAAACCCUUAUUUUUAUUUCUUGCCUGCCAGUCUGUCUGACCAGUCAGUCCGACUCUUCACAUCUCUCUGGAUAUUCAAGGAAGAAAUCCUACAUAGAAAUAUAUAUAUAUAUUUACAGAGAGAGAGAGAGAGUGGAGUGGAGUGGAGUGGAGUGGAGUGGGGGGGUGAAGAGAUUAAGACACACAGGAGCCGCCUUUAUGAAGAUGCUGAUGUGUGACCGCGGCGUCCAGAUGCUGGUAACCACCGUGGGCGCGUUCGCCGCCUUCAGCCUCAUGACCAUCGCCGUUGGCACCGACUACUGGCUGUACUCGCGUGGGGUCUGCCGCGUGAAGAGCAGCGGCGACAACGACACGAGCCGCAAGAACGAGGAGGUGAUGACGCACUCCGGCCUCUGGCGAACUUGCUGUCUGGAAGGAACCUUCAGAGGAGUGUGUAAGAAGAUCGACCACUUUCCAGAAGAUGCUGAUUAUGAAGCAGACGCUGCAGAAUACCUCCUCCGUGCAGUGCGAGCCUCCAGUAUCUUCCCCAUCAUGAGCGUGGGCCUGUUGUUCCUGGGAGGCCUGUGUGUAGCUGCCAGUGAGUUUUACCGGAGUCGACACAACGUCAUCCUCAGCGCUGGAAUUUUCUUUGUUUCCGCAGGCCUCAGUAACAUCAUUGGAAUUAUAGUUUACAUCUCGGCCAACUCGGGCGACCCAGGUCAGAGCGACAGUAAAAAGUCCUACUCCUACGGCUGGUCUUUCUACUUUGGCGCCCUCUCCUUCAUCAUGGCAGAAAUGGUGGGCGUGCUCGCCGUCCACAUGUUCAUCGAGAAACAUCGCAAGCAGCGGGCCAAGUCCCGCACCGAGCUCAUCAAGAAGUCCACCUUCAGCCGCAUCCCGUCCUACCGCUACCGCUUCCGGCGCCGCUCCAGCGUUCGAUCUUCUGAGGCCCCCAGCCGUGACACGUCACCGCUGGGGAAAGGCGGCUACACGGGGCCCGCCGCUUCCGAGUUGCCCAUGUACACGCUGAACCCCCGCGAAGCGGGCAACGCCGGCACCAAAGCAGGCGGCGGGAUGGGCGGCCUGCUCAACUCAGAGAGGGAUUUCCUCCAGAGCAGCACGCUCACUAAAGACUACAGCAAGGACCCCAACCGCAGGACCACGCCCGUGUGAGAGGUGCUGGGGUCUCAUAUCACCCAAUCAGAAGAGGAGGGAGGGGCCACACAGGGUUACUACAGGGUGGGAAACGGGGGGGUUUGAUAAACUUCAACUGUGAACUUGAAUUAGCCUUUGAACUGUGAAUCCUGAGCCUGGUAGCAGAAUCAGUGUGUGGCGUUUUUAAAGGAGAAGUUGUUCCCAGCUCCACUUCACCACAUAUCACUCUAGUCGUACGUGUAACUCCUAAAACGUGUGAAGCCACAUUUGAUUUACGUCCGUGACUUUGAACCUUCAGACGUUGACUCCUCUGGCCCGGUUUUUAAAGAGGAAGAACUUUUACCCCAGCAUAAUGGAAGUGGGUUUUCUGUGCGGGGCAACUUCUCCUUAGCUGAAAAUAAUGUGAACUAAAGCGAGCAGCAGAGUUUGGUCAGCGCAGGGGGUCCGGCUGAAAGCACUGAGCGCUGCCUCUGUGAUUACCAUACCGUUAAAAAGUGAGCGUCCCAACGCCUCAGGUCAGAGAUGAGUUUGUUUUCAGUUGAGGUGAAUGGCAGCAGGAGCGGAGGACGCCGUUUGUCCGUGUUAUUGUAGCACAUUUGUAUCACUAGGCAUUUGAUUUCUAUACAUACUGUAUAUAUACUCUCUUUACAUCAGUCGGUCGUACUCGUGACUGAACUGAGGCCGAGCUAAUCUCCUUCCUGACGACAUACACCCCGUCUCUUUGCCUCAUUAAGGAAGAAAAAAAAAGAAUAUAAAGACAUCAGAUGAGCUAAAGUUAAGGGGGAAACAAAUUAGGUAUGAUUCAACAAAACUGUUUUUUCCCACAGUAAUGUUGGGUCAUUAGUGCUUCCUUUUACUUUUGGUUUCAGCUUCUCCAGUCUUCUCCCGAUUUUUUUUUUUCUAUUCACCCGAGGCUCAAAGAAACGAUCGAACAUCUUUCCAUCUUAUCUUUCCACCUUCAUUUAUCAACUCCCACCUUCUAUGUUUUUCCCUGAACGACUCCACAUCUCCCCUCACCUCCCCUUCUCCUCCGAGGCUCUGGAUCUGGGGCCUGUCUUCCAUCGGUGUCACGCACGGACUAGUUCUGUGGAGGUUCUGGUUUUUAACAUACAGUACAAUAGAGAGUCAAACCACUGACCUGUGAAAAUGCUUUAAGCUCUAGCAAAAAAAAAAAAGAAAGAAGAUAUUGAACCAAUCACAUAUAGGUCUUGCCCACUACCUCUUGGUCCAUAUCAACCAGAAAUGCAUUUAAUUUUAUUUGAAAUACUUGCCUCAUCCAGAUUUUCCUAAAUAUCCAGCUGUAAAAAUAAACACUGCAAACAAUUCCCCCAACAGUCCAACAGUAUAACAAGGCUCCGUUCCACACAGAAGGAGCGACUGAAAAUGAAAAAAUGCAGCAAAUCAACUUGGGGAAAGAGAAAUCGAAUGACAUUAUGGAAGGAUCCGUCGCCCAUUUAUUCAACUGUCACUCACAGCCUGCCCUCCUGUUUAUUCCCCUCGUAUGUGCACACACACACACACACAUUCAGCUUGAACACACAUCUCCAGAGGCUGUUACUUGCAGACUGUCAUGCCCUAUCACAUUUCAAACAUCUGUGCAGCAACACUUCCAUACAUUUCCAUGUGUCUCUCUGUAAAGAUCUACAUUCUGCAUGGAUGAGAUAAAAGCAUCACUAAUCACACCGCUCCCUCCAAGAGUAAAAAAAAAAACAACAACACACUGCUAGGUCGUUUGGACGCUGCUAAAUUACCGUUAAAGGUACACUUUGUAGGAUUUGGUGACAUCUAGCGGUGACUGAGUAUUUCUCAUAUCACAAACCCCUGUGCCAGCCUGCAGGUGGCGUCACAUGGUUGUGUUUAGUAAUCACACCCCACAGGUGUUACGUUUGUCUUCAGCGAGCUAAAGUCAAAAACGUAUCGAUCCAACAUGGCCGCCACUGUAGGGGAGAAAAUGGGCUGCGUGUACUUUUAGUGUACAGUCGUGAAAAAUAUCAGUAUUUUUUUAUAUAUAUACACUUAAAAUCUUCCGAUAGAAAUUAAUUUAACCAAUUUUUUUUUACAAUGCAGCUUCAACAUAUCUUUUUCAUGAGGCAGCGUAAGAAUAAGAAACGAUAGCGAACUCAGCCCCAUGUGGACGUUUUAUGAACUGAAGCAACACAAAAGCCUACACAAGUCAGACUAAUGCGCUCAUAUAAUUAAGAAAAAACUAUAAAGUGUGGCAGUGAAUUGAAAUUCUAAAAUUACUGUCACUGUGACUUUUUUGUAUAUAUUGUAUCUGUGCUGUUCUGUCUCUAGAAUAAUUGAAAUAAUUUUUGCUGCAUUUUUUUUUAAAGAUUUUUUUCUCCACCUGCCAUAACGAUGAUCAUUUAAAAUGUAUAUGUAGCUAUCGUUUGCACUAUUAUUUGUCACUUCUGCACAGGUAAUCUACGGCUACCUCCAAUAUCUGAUACGCUGCGCGGCAACUUUGCAGCCGCGCGACAGAUUGUGUUCAGUUUAGAACUUAAUUCCUUGCUUAUGCCUGCCAUCAACAUGCGCACGUACUGUGAAAGAAGACGAAAGAAGGAGGCAAAAUAGCCAUAAAACAAAGGAGACAAGAAUGUAGAAGAAAGUGAAGCUGCUGCAGAGACAGAAGCCAAGAUUAGAUGCUAUAAAAGUUAAGUGAAAA